CCACGCACAGUUGGAGCUGAGGCAGAGCAAAGCAAGUCGCUUGGAAAAGCUCCCCACUGCCCCCGGAGCUUCCGAGGCCGGCUUCGCUGCGCUGCCCCGCGGAGGCUGAGCGACGCUGCAGGAGAGCUGAGGCGAAGAGCAGGCGGGCGGCUGGCAGCCGGCGGCACAGCCGGGGUUCGCACACGCUUCGCGCCCGCACGCGCCAGCCAAGGCUUGAGUCUUUCUUUGCCUGGGGCGUCCGGACUCCUCUCCCUCCCACCGGCUCAGCGGGGCGGGCGGUCUGAGGAGCAGCAUGAAUCUGCGGCUCUGCGUGAAGGCGCUGCUGCUGCUCUGGCUCUCCUUGACUGCGGUGUGUGGAGUGCCCCUGAUGCAACCUCCUGAUGGUACAGCGUUGGAGGAAGGCAGUGUUCGCUACCUGGUACAGCCCAGGACUUCAAGGAAUGGACCAGCGCCCUGGCAGGGAGGCCGGAGGAAGUUCCGCCGCCAGCGGCCCCGCCUCUCCCAUAAGGGCCCCAUGCCUUUCUGAAACAGGACUGAAGGGUCCCCCAGGCACCAGCGCACUGUGGUUCUGUCUUCUCCACACAGCACUCUGCUUCCCUGGAGCCCCCACAUCCAGCUCUCGCUUCGCACCUGUUCUAGCUGCUGAUGGUCCUGGCUCUUCUCACCCACCAGCUUCAUCUAAUGGCGUGGUCCUGCCCCUCCUUCUGAUGAUUCCAUUUCUCUCAUAAGGAUCCGUUAAGCCCAUCUUCCUGGCCUCUCCCUGGACUAACUUUGGAGACCCAUCCUGUCCUAGCCCACCACACUGUCCCCUACCCAGCCCAUCUAGUGUCUCCACCCCAUACUGGACCCUCCUCCCUCCUGUAUUUGCCUUGGGAUCUGGGUGGAAAACACUCCCUUCCUCAGUGCACUCCUGCAAAUCAUUGUUUUCUUGUCAGUGGACCCCUCAGUUGGCCUCCAGAGAGGUAUUAGAAAUGCAAAAGGAGAGUUUCUAUUAGAGGAGUGGGUGUGGGAAUUCAAAGAGUGUGCAUGGGAGCACUGCAACAGGGUGUGUAGUGCCCCGGACAAGGGGUUUGUUGUAGCACUAGAGAAGUGGCACGAACAGCACCGUGGCCUCUUCUUCAACUCCAUGUCUGGUCCAGGCAAGGAAGAGGUGAAUGAGGAACCCAGGAAGUACUUUGUCGCACUGUUUCCUACCCUGCCCCUGAUACCUCAGCAGUUAUGCUAGGUCAAGUUCUGAGUCUCAAGUGGAGGGUGCUGGGCCUGGCGUGGCUCUCUCCUCUUCCAGGAGUAGAGGCUGAGCAGGAGGGCUGCUUUGGCCAAGUCAUCAAGUAUCAGAACUGAAAAGAUCCUUGGCGAGCACUCAGCUCAGCCUCCUUAUGCAAAAAAGCCUGAGAUAACAGAGGACUGGAGAGGAGAGGGACUUGCUCAGGGCCACUGCAGAGCCAGAUUGGGGACCAGGUCUCCCAAGUCCUGCUUUACAAUAUCCUUUUCCCUCUUGAUGAUGUCUUUCCAAAACACAUGAAGUGCCUUUUGCUGAGUUUAUGGUAGAGUGGCUAGGAAGGGCAGGGAGAAGCAAGCUGGCUGUGAACUGCCCCUUUUUGGGGAGACGGAGCUGCUUCCCUCUCCCUGGACUUCCCUGUUCUCCAUAGGAAGGAAAGUUCCAAGAGUGAUCCGCAGUGGGCCUGGGCCUGUGACACUUUAAUAGGGCAGCUCAGGCCCUGGGACUAAUAUUCAGAGCCCACUACUGCUUUGAAGGAGCCAGAGGCAGCCUUACAUAACUGACUCAAUAGCCUCUGCUUGGUGUGGACUGGACGUUCCUUCCUAGUGGCCUUUCCGGGAGGUAAGAAGGUAGAACAUGGAGAAAGAGAGAAGGAAGAGAGACAGGAGGAUGUGCAGGUGGGGAAGCACACCAUUCUGGGAAGUGCUGUCUUUCACAAGGGGCCUUCUACAGUCUCCUCUGAAGGUAGACCCUUGGCUUUUGCCUGAGUAACCUUCCUUCUCACUAGUCUUCCAGAGGGGAGAAAAAGGAAAACAGAAGCCUGUCACUCACCUACAUAUGCUUGAGGGCAGGGGGAUUCAGGGCCCCUCAAGUCCCACAAUAACCCCAAUCUUUGCCCAUCCCCCCUCCCCCAGUCUUUCUUUCCCUUGCUGCUGCUAAUGCUGCUGCUGCUGCUACUGCUGCCAUCUCAAGGCCACCCUGGGAAGCCAGGCUGGGCACGGCCUCCAACUCCUCUGGGCAUAGGGUGGGGCUGAUCAGUGCCCAGAAAGUCUCCUCUGCCACUGGUAGCCCCACCAGGGGCCUGACCACCUUCCUUCUCUUCCUCUUAUCUGCAUCCCAUCCUUCAUCAGCCUGCCAUGACUUGUAGCCAAGCCCAGACCCACAGGGAAGGGGACAGAAGAGGGACAAUGGCUGGAAAAGAUGGGGGACAUGGGCAGAGAAAGGUAGGGGGGACAAAGGUGUUGUCUUAUUUAAAGUGGUUGUGUAUGAUUCUUAUACUAAUUUAUACAAAGAUAUUAAAGCCCUUUUCAUUAAAAAAUUGUUCCCCAUAAUUGUAUUCACUGUGUUUGUAAAGAUUGUUCCAUGUAAAUAUGUCUUUAUAAUAAAGAGUUAAAAGUUGACAACUUGCCCUUACUGUUGGAGGUCACAUUCAGGAGGGUUGUUCCUUUCCCCUGAGGGCCACGGUUGUCUCUGUGCUCACAGAUUGCAUGUGCAGGGAGGUAAGUGCUUGCACCCCAAAUCGGCUCUAGGUCAGCUGGCUUCAGACUGACUUAGGACAAGCUUACUAGUGGACCCUUUAAGUUUAGUGAUCUGUUCAAAUAGAAUAUGGCCCACUUUUAUGUCUUUUGGCAUUUGUUUGAAUGUCCUAAUUUUUUGGCAGUGUCAUUGAAAGGGUAUUUUAAAAAAGCAAUUUACUUAAGAACAUGCUGAUUAAAGAUAAGAUUUCUACUAAAAGUUGUUUUGUAGUCUUGGUGGGUGUCCUUUAUUUUGUCUACUUUUGAACACUUUCAGGACUUUUUAGCCAGUUUGUCUUUCUUGAAAGAUCUUAUAUUUUCAGCAAUAAAUACACUUGGUAAUGCCAUUGUAUGUAUCAUCUUCUGUUUCAUAAAGUGGAGUUGCUUGAAUGAGAUAGCCUGA